UGGCAGUGGACAUCGCGCGGGGGCUAUAAUCCGGCCACCUUCAAUUAGAGCUGUGGUACCUAGCUUUGUGAUUGACAGGCACCUUCCCUGAGCGUCAAUCGCUUCUGACAUUCGCAUACGUCUCAACUCUGGCCAACAUCUCGGAACACACAACAUACCUGCAACAAACUUAUCGAGACUUUCCUCUUCAGGAUACUUAGCGCAAACAUCGAUCAAGCAGUGUCGCCAUCACACAGAGGAAGCGCCAUUCCCACGUUCGACUGCCAAUUGUGCAUGACCCCUCGAUCUCAAACAAGUUCACCUGAGCGUCGCGCGACCAAACAACUUAAGCGGAUGACAUUGCAAAGCUAAACGCGCCUACAUCUCCCUUUCCGUUACCACGCAGAAUCAUACAGGUGGUCACUCGCAAAGCAGUUCGAGAAAGUCGACAACGGUUCCGCCAACGCAUCACCACCUUAAUCCAGACAUAGCCCGUUCCCACGAGUAGCCCAUCAUGGCGCAAGUAGUUUCAGACUUUAUAUACUGGCUGGGCAACUGCAUGGUCUGCUUUCCCGGCUCCCCCACGCUCAAGAUCAACAAUAGGAGCUUCAAGAUCUUGCGCUUACUAGGCGAGGGCGGCUUCUCCUACGUCUACCUUGUCCAAGACACAUCGACAAGCGAGCUCCUCGCCCUAAAAAAGAUUCGAUGCCCGUUCGGUCAAGAAUCCGUCGCCCAAGCUAUGCACGAAGUAGAAGCCUACAAGAUUUUCGGCAACACGCCUGGAAUCAUCCACCACGUCGACUACAGCAUCGCCACGGAACGCGGCAGCGAAGGGCAGGACAAAACCGUCUACGUCCUGUUGCCGUAUUACCGGCGCGGCAACCUGCAGGAUAUGAUCAAUGCGAACUUGGUAAACCACACGCGCUUCCCGGAGAAGAGGCUCAUGAUGCUUUUCCUGGGAGUGUGCAAGGCGCUAAGAGGGAUGCACAAGUACAAAGGUGGCGCAGGGGGGGACACAAGCGGGGAGUCAAUGGAAGUGCCGGGAGCAGCAGGAAAGAGAAAAUCAAAGACCAGGCAGGCGGCAGUGGGAGGUGCGGAUGAGGAUGAUGAGACGGAGCAACAAGUGCCGCUGAUCGAAGAGGAAGGACGCUUGCCUGGGUCAGGCGAGACGAGGAGCUACGCGCAUAGGGAUAUCAAGCCUGGCAACAUUAUGAUCUCCGACUCUGGCCGCGACCCAAUCCUCAUGGACCUCGGCUCCAUCGCCGUCUCUCCCCUUCCCAUCACAUCUCGCUCCCUCGCCAUAGCUACCCAGGAUACAGCAGCCGAACACUCCACCAUGCCUUAUCGCGCUCCCGAACUCUUCGAUGUCAAGACCGGCACCAUUAUCGAUACCAAGGUGGACAUCUGGUCGCUCGGCUGUACCCUCUACGCCUGCCUGGUCGGCAAGUCGCCCUUUGAGAUGCGCAGUGACGAGACCGGUGGCAGCUUGAGCAUCUGCGUACUGAGUGGCGACUGGAGGUUCCCUGACGAGGGGCCCGGACAGACCAAGGGCAAGGGCAAGGCGGGUGCGGGAGGAGGUGCGGGUGGUGAUAGUACGGCAACCAACAAGGACGAUGAGAACUAUAUUAGCGAGCCGAUAAGGGAUGUGGUGAGGAGAUGUUUGAGGGUCGAACCCGCAGAGAGGCCAGAUAUCGAUGAGCUGAUCGAGCUGGUAGAAAGGGUGGUGGAGGAGUUGCCCGAAGAUACCGCUUGAAGGACAAUGGUACCUAUGAGAACAAAGGAAGACGGGAGAGAAAGUCGACUAAGUUACAGACGUGUUACGCUUGGGUUUGGCGGGUUAUACAGCGGCGUUUUGGGUUGGGUUAUUUUGGGUCAAGUCGAACAUAUACGCCUUGAGGGCAGUUGUUUUCUUGUACGAUAUACCAUUCCCAUUGACUACAUUGCCUUCUGCCUCUUUGUUGUGUUCACUGCUUUGUCAUGUGUUCCCACUUUCUACAGUAGCUGGUUAUUUUCAAUGGUCAUGUUUCAUUUCACGCAGCGCUAGCCCAAGAAAACAAUGUGUAUAAGUUCAAAGCCGUAUCAAAUUCAGAUUUGUCAACCCG